ACAUUUUUUGUAAUAAAAAAUAUUUCUUUCUUCAGAACCAUAUGGUCACAAUAGUUUCAUAUCUAUAGAUGUGUGGGAGGAACAGUGCUUAAACCUUGAACAGAACACCAAAAAAAGAGCAAAGUCCAUAGACAUCCAAACCCAUACAAUAACAACAGCAGGGAGAAGAGCCGUGCUUCAGACAUAAAACCCUUCCACUGGAGACUUUCUACAGCUGUUUUCAGUUUCGCAUUCUUCGUCCGUGUGUUUUUUUGUGCACCAGAGCAGGUUGCGGGCGUGUCUGCGGCUGCACGCUUCCUGCAGCCCUCACUGGGCGUCACUUGAGCCUGAGCAUAAAAACAACAGAGGGGGCGUUCAUCUCCGUCUUCGGUUCGGUCUGUCUCCUCGGAAAGUCCACAAAAUGGUGCAGCAGCUCUCCAAAUGCGGAGUGAAGGAAAGUCCAUUGCUGAAAGCUGGUCACCCUCCAGCAGUGAAGGCUGGAGGCAAACGGGUGGCCAAGAAAAGCCUGGAGGAGGGGGUCACCCAUGGGACUCCAGAAAAGGAGACAAAGAGGUCGGAUAAACUCAGCAGGUCACUGGCCACCUCUAACAGAAUGCAACAAGUGGGAUUGCUUCUGGCAGGAACUCUUGACAAGCUGAGCCACGACUUUCCAGAGACACCGGUGAGCGUGAGGCACAGCAGGAUGCGCCCUGCGGUGGAGAAAUCCCACUGCCCCCGGGCCUUCUUCAUCCAGCAGCCCAGGAAGUGGUGAACCUGUCUAAGAACACCCCGGAGGCAGCUGUGUUUAGUCGGCUGUGAAAUGCCAACAUGAAGUCUUAGACUCACGAGGGAACUGACAUGUUGUUUGUGAGGUGUGGCUGGUGGGGAGGCUUUCAUCAAGCUCUGUUUACUUAGAAGAAAAAUGUAGCUUAUUUCUAAGCUCUGCUUGCUUGUUGAGUGUCCUGAAAAAUGGCAUUUAAUGUGUCUUUACUAUUGUCAGAAAUUUUGCAUUUUCAAGCUUAUGGGGGAAAAUGGAUGGCAUCUGAGGUAGGCUAAAGUAAGUUUAAAGUGAUGGGUCGAGGGGACGACGUGAUGCUUAAAGGGCUUUGUAGGAAAACUGCUCAAUGUAUUACUUGGCAUUUACACAAGAUUUAUUAAUAAUAAAAAAAUAGUUGCACGGCAUUACCGUUUCUG